AUGAAGGUGCCAAAGAUGAUGCUCGACUACACACUGCGGUUUGGGGUCGCGAGCGCGCUGGGCUAUAUCUACUGGGACCCAAAGUCAACUGACGAGAUCCGUUUGGAAGUGGAAGCGACGAUGAAACCCGACCUGGAGGCUCGAAAGAAGAAACAGGCCAAGUUUGCCGAGUUGCUGCUACAAACGCGCGACAAGUCCGACGAGUCCCAGCAGCAGCUGGACCAGAUCACGGCGUUCGCCAAGACAAAAGAGCAGCAUCUGGCCGACCGAGCAAGAGCAAAGUAA